AUGAUGAUCUUCUUUGCAUUCUCGGAAACCAACCACAACCACAAAUUGAUCUGCGAGAACUCUUACAAAAAGGCGCAAUGCAUCGAUAGCAAUGCCGCGCGCAUGCAAUCGAUCUUGCGAUCGAUGCUACAGUAUCAAGGAGCGGUGUUCCUGGGUGGAAGGCUCGAGCCAGUGCAUGCGAUGCUCCCGCCUCGGCUUCAACGGGUCGGGGAGCUGAAUUCAUCACUCUCGGAUACUGUCGGUCCCAAUGUCGCCGUCAACCCUAUGGCAUCCCGAGACCUCGACGGCCUGGAGUCGACAGUCCUCGCAUGGCAGCCCGAUGUCCCUGAAAGCCUCUGCUCGGUGUUCUCGGCGGUCGAGAUCGCACACAUCUUCUGCCAGGUGCAGGCGAUGCGUCUGUGCGCGCUGCUGCUGAUCUACCGUCUGAAGAUCCCCUUCGGGAUGCAUGACGCACCUGCGCGAGUGAUCGCCAUCUCAAUCCUCACGCAGUUGCAAACCACACUGUCCGUAACAGGGAAGGCGGUCAAAUUCGCCAUGCUGCCCGUCCUGGUGGCCUGCGUCGAGCUGGCGACCCAAACGGAACGAGACGAAUGGCUCUCGCGGGUUCCAGAAUUGGUCUGCUGCUCACAGGCAUAUGGUCUAUCCAUCCAAGGGGCUAUCCGGACUUUCUGGACGGCCCGGGAUGCGGGGGUGGUCUUUCGACGGUAUAAUAUCAGCCGGUUCACAUCAUGCUCUGAUGAUAGAAGCAGAGCCUGCAGCAAAGACCGCAAAGGAUCUGGCACUCUAUCGAUAGGCUGGACUGCUCAUAUCUAGUCUGGAAGUUCAAUCCAUGGCUCAGAUUCGGUGCCCAAUUGAUAGAGGCACUAGAGGCGCUUCUGCUAGGCUUCAUCGUGCCGAUCGCGCGAUUACCCGUGAUCAGCUCUGUGCU